CUAGCUUUUCUCUCUCUCUCUCUUGGCUUUAUAAAGCCACCGCUUAAACCCUCUCCCACCUCACCGUACCCGCUUCUAGACACUUCCCCUCGCGCAUCUACCGUCUCCGUCUCGUCGUCCUCGCUCCUCGACUCGCCAUGGGCAAGAUUAAGAUCGGAAUCAACGGUUUCGGAAGGAUCGGGAGGCUCGUGGCCAGGGUCGCCCUCCAGAGCGAGGAUGUCGAGCUCGUCGCCGUCAACGACCCCUUCAUCACCACCGAGUACAUGACCUACAUGUUCAAGUACGACACCGUGCACGGCCACUGGAAGCACAGUGACAUCAAGGUCAAGGACACCAAGACUCUGCUCUUCGGUGAGAAGCCGGUCACUGUCUUUGGCGUCAGGAACCCUGAGGAGAUCCCCUGGGGUGAGGCUGGUGCUGAGUAUGUUGUGGAGUCCACUGGAGUCUUCACUGACAUUGCGAAGGCUGCUGCUCACUUGAAGGGUGGUGCCAAGAAGGUGGUUAUCUCUGCCCCUAGCAAAGAUGCCCCGAUGUUUGUGGUUGGUGUCAACGAGGACAAGUACACCCCAGAUGUUAACAUUGUCUCGAAUGCCAGUUGUACCACCAACUGCCUUGCCCCCCUUGCUAAGAUCAUUCACGACAACUUUGGUAUUGUUGAGGGUCUGAUGACCACUGUUCACUCGAUCACUGCCACCCAGAAAACUGUUGAUGGACCCUCAUCCAAGGACUGGAGAGGUGGCAGGGCUGCCAGCUUUAACAUCAUUCCAAGCAGCACUGGUGCUGCCAAGGCUGUUGGUAAGGUUCUUCCUGAUUUGAAUGGCAAGCUCACGGGUAUGUCUUUCCGUGUUCCCACUGUGGAUGUGUCAGUUGUUGACCUCACUGUAAGGACCGAGAAGGCUGCCUCAUACGAGGACAUCAAGAAUGCUGUCAAGGCGGCUUCUGAGGGCAAGCUUAAGGGAAUCAUGGGUUAUGUUGAGGAGGAUUUGGUUUCCACCGACUUCAUUGGUGACAGCAGGUCAAGCAUCUUUGACGCCAAGGCUGGAAUCGCCCUUAACGACCACUUCGUCAAGCUCGUCUCCUGGUACGACAACGAGUGGGGUUACAGCAACCGUGUCGUCGACCUGAUCCGCCACAUGGCCAAGACCCAGUAGAUUUCUGGUUCCCGUGGUUUUCUAUGGCUGUGUCACGGACUGGCCUGCUUGUCUAUGCUGAAAAUAAAUGUGAAUGCUGCCUUCAGAUGCCUAGUUGGGGCAUGAGCUGCCUUUUGUUUCCUUAUCUUACUACCUGUAACGAAGUUGCUAAUAUGGACCUGAGUUAGUUUUUGCUUGUGAAGAAAUAUGAACUGUCCAGUGCUGUUGUAAGUUUGCGGUUGGUUGCAUAGAUGAGCAUGUGUCUAUGAGAAUAAUAAUCUCGUCAUUUGUCCC